AUGGAGAUUGAGUGCUUUCUGGUCGCUAAGGGGAGCAGAGCUGCUAAAACCUCUGUGAAUAACAGCAGCCAUGGCUGGCUCAUUCCCGGUCUGCGCUGGGUCACAGGGAAGGACCGUCUGUCAGGACUUAACUUGUUUCCUCUCACUGCUGGUGGACAUGGCCGCAGUUCCAGCCCGGAAAAAGAUGCAGAGGAGAUGGAAGAGCCGUCUGAUGAUUACAGCUUAGGUAAUUUCUCAGAACUGGAGGCAGCGGACCGCAGAUCUAACCUUCAGUGGGGAGAAAACGGCCUAGACAAGAAGCUUCAGAGAUACAGAACCCAGUGCCUGGCGACCCAUCUCCAUCGAGACACGACCCACGACCCAGAGGGCCAUACUUGUUCAGAGAGGCUCAGCCAUCCGGCUGUGUCCGAACAUCCUUGUUCCCACAAAUCAGUCGUUUCACACCUGCCAUUAAGACUACAGAUCAAAGUAAACGGACAGAGAGGUGGAUUGGGAAUUUGUAUUGCAGGAGGGAAAGGCUCCUUUCCGUACAAAGAGAAUGAUGAGGGAAUUUUCAUCUCCAGAGUAUCUAAAGGCGGACCGGCGGAGAAGGCCGGGGUACAUGUUGGGGACAGAGUGUUGGAGGUCAAUGGUCAAGACAUGCAGGAGGUCAGCCACCACGAGGCUGUCAGCGUCUUGAGGAAUGCUGGGAGCUGCAUAAAAAUGAAAGUACUGCGGGAGAGAUGCAUGCCCAUGGAGCCGCAGAUCCACGAGAGCUUUGACACCAUGGAGACAGCAGACCUCCAGGUCAGCCAGGAGUGGGAUGUUACCAUGAGCAAUAACAGGCGGGAGAUAUGCGUGAGCUUUGACACCAUGGAGACAGCAGACCUCCAGGUCAGCCAGGAGUUGGAAGCUACGGUCUGCAAUGGAAAUGGACUGUCUUGGUGA